AUGGGUGUCCCCUUCGAGGCCUUGCUCCCAUACGGGAUUAUCGUUGGCAUGUUCGGCGUAACCGGUGUCGGCCUGUAUGCCUCAAAGCGCUUUUUGAAUGAAGGCAAGAAGAACCGUUGGAACAAUGAUAUCUGGGACCGACAAAUGAUGGAGCGGGAUCUCCGCAUUACUGGCACAUGGAGAGGACAAUCCAGUAAUCCCGUGGCGCCGAAGGGAUUCGAAGUUAGCAGCCCAUGGAAGCUUGAGAAGCGUAUUUACUAG